CUUUGAUUCCCUGCUGAACUUGCUUAUAAAUAUUCUCUUGCUCUUCUCUCCAUCUCCAUCACUCAGACUUCGAUAAAACUUACCAGUAGCAUCCUGCGAACUGUUCUCGAUCCUUCUUCAGCAAGCUCAAAAUGGCGAUGAUCUUGGACGCUUUUAUGAGCAAAUUCUCUGCUUUGCUCGCUGAUUUGGUAUAUGAAGAGGUGAUCAUGCAGCUGGGUGUGAAGGACGAGCUUCACAAGCUACGUCAACGGAUGAGGAGCAUCCAAUGCCUGUUGAAAGAUGCUGAAAAGAAAAAGUUUGAUGAGUCAGCCAUCGAACUCUGGUUUGCUGAGCUUAAGGAUGUGAUGUAUGAUGCCGAAGAUAUCAUUGACCUCUGUAGAAUUGAGGGCACUCAGCUGCUCACUGAUCAAAAUCCCAAAUCUAAAACUUCUUUGGUAUGUUGCGAUUUCUCAUCUGCCUUCUCCUGUUUCACUAGUGUUCCUUUGCGUCAUGACAUUGGAAACAGAAUUAAAGAUAUUAAUGGUAGACUCAACCAGAUAUAUGAAGAUAGAAAACAUUAUAAACUAGAGAAAUCCACAAUAUCGAAAACCCCACAAAUUAAUUUACUUGAUUCUCGUCAAACUUCUUCCAUGGUUGAUCCUUUUAUUGUGGGAAGAGAGGUCGAGGUUGCAGCAAAUAGUUUGGUUGAUCAUUUGCUUGGGGACAUGGUUGAUGAAAAAUGCCGCCUUUUUGCUAUUACCGGUAUGGGCGGGGUGGGGAAGACUACUCUGGCUCAAAAAGUUUUUAACCAUCCGAAAAUUCAAACCUAUUUCAAUGUAACAGUGUGGGUUUGUGUUUCACAGACUUAUUUAGAAACUGAGUUAUUGAAGCAAGUAAUAAGAGGGGCAAAGGGGAACUAUGGGGAUUCUAAUACUAAAGAAGAGUUGCAACGCAUUCUUAGAGAUUCUGUUACUUCAAUUCAGAGCCUUUUUCUUGUUUUAGAUGAUGUGUGGGAAUCAGACGUGUGGAUUAAUUUGUUUAGAGUUCCAUUCUACAACUCUAACAGGAGUGUUAGAGUCUUAAUCACCACCAGAGAUGAAAAUAUUGUGAACAAGAUGCAGAUAGCUUACAUUCAUUCUGUGACGUAUCUAUCUGAAGAGAGCAGUUGGGAUAUGCUUCGUAGGAGGCUUUUCUUAGAGGAACAAGAGGAGCUAGCGAAUGGCUUGAGGGAGCUAGGAUUAAUGCUAGUAAACAAAUGUAAAGGCCUUCCUCUUGCAAUCAAAGUCAUUGCUGGUGUUCUUUUGAGUAAACCACGAAAUAAGAAAGCGUGGAAAAAUUUUCUCAAUGAUAAUGCAUGGUUCAUUUACAACCUUCCUGGGGAGCUUAGUGGUGCUUUGUACCUAAGUUUUGAAGAUCUACCUUCACAUCUGAAGCAAUGUUUUCUAUACUUCUCUUUAUAUCGUGAGGAUGCCCAGUUAGAUCCCCAUGAGUUUGCUCAGCUUUGGGUGGCUGAAGGAUUCAUAACAAAGCAACAAGAUUCAUUAAUGGAAGAUUUAGCAGAAGAAUGCUUCAAUGAGUUACUCAAUCGAAAUCUUUUGCUGCCAAAAGAUUAUGAUGGUAAGUGUCGAAUGCAUGAUCUUAUCAGAUCUCUAACCAUUUUUUUAUCUAAAGAAGAGACUUCUUUUGGAGAUUUGAAUGUGAGGAACUCCACCAGAUCCAUCAAGCUUCGUCGCAUAUCAGUUGCAAAUCAAGAAGCAGCAGUUGAAAUACUCGAUUGUAUUGCAGAUCAGGGAGCCCUAAGAACAUUGCUUGCUUCAUCUUCUGAUCUAUUAUUGGAUGAUGAAAGAUUGAGGCGACUUUCGCAUCUACGUGUCUUAGACAUUUCCCAUACACAAAUUCAAAUACUUCCUGACUCUAUAGGAAAGCUAGUGCACUUGAGAUAUCUUAAUUUGAAUCAUACACAUAUAACGACAAUACCAAAAUCCAUAGAGCAAUUAACAAAUUUACAAUUCUUGGACAUAAGUUUUUGCAAAAAAUUGGGACAACUUCCUAGUGGAAUCACUCAGUUACAUAAUCUAAGGCGCCUCGAUAUUUUUCAAUCUCCUGUUUGUUUCCAUAAAAUCAUGCACUCAGCUUCCGUCAUUAGAAUUGCUUUCCCCAAGCUUGAACGACUUCAAAUCUUGAACUUCCCUGAGUUGGAAGAAUGGUCUUUUGGCACAGAAGUUGAGCAAAAUACAUCUCCAAGACUUAAGUUGCUUCCAUGUUUACAAAAACUAAUAAUCAGGAAUUGCCCAUUGUUUAAACAACUUCCAGAAGGUCUAAAGUACUCUUCUAUGAAGUCUCUCGAGAUAGUUGGAGCUAGAAGACUAAAAUCAGUUGACAAUCUCUCUGCUAAAAUUGAGGAACUACAUUUAAGUUACUGUGAAAAAUUGAAAGUGGUAUGUUGUGCCCCUACGUUAAAGACGCUCGAAGUUCAAGAGUGCAAAGCUUUGUCUUGCGUGAAGAAGCUUGAUUCAUUGCAGAAAUUAUCUUUCAAUGAUUUUGAAGAGGAAAGCCUUCCAGAGUGGCUAUUGAAGUUUCUUCAACAACGGGGAUUGCAAAAUGAUUCUAAUGAUGAUUUCCUGCUUGACUUGUACUGUAGUGAUGAGGUUAUUCAAAAAUGCAUAAAAGGAGGUUCUUAUUGGGACCUAAUUCAACACAUUCCACGAGUAAAAAUGUUCUCGGUAUCAGAGCUUGUCAAUGCACUUGUAUAA